AUGGCGGCGUUCCGCGACAUGGAGGAGCUGAGCCAGGGGCUGCUGAGCCUGCUGGGCACCAACCGCGCCGAGGCGCAGCAGCGGCGGCUGCUGGGGCGCUUCGAGCAGAUGGUGGAGCGGCUGCUGGAGGGUACUGAUAUUGGCUGGGGACGUGGAAGUACCGUUAUGAAGUCCAGGUGUGUGGACAUGGGGCGAGCAGAGAUCCUCACCACCGAGGAGAAAGUGGCGCAAAGCCUGCUGGACACGAAGGAGGAGGCGCACCAGGGCAAGGCUGAGGUGCAGGGGCUGGAGGCCGAGCUGGACCAGGCCAGCAAGGAGGACACCUGCCUGAAGGCCAGCCUCCUUCAGCUCACCCGGGAGUUGCAGGAGCUCAAGGAGCUGGAGGCUGAGCUCCAGCGACAAGAGGGGGAAGUGGAAGAAGACACAACGGUCACCAUCCCUUCGGCUGUGUACGUGGCGCAGCUCUAUCAUCGCAUCAGUAAGAUCGAGUGGGACUACGAGUGUGAGCCGGAGGUGAUCAAAGGCAUCCACCACGGCCCCAGUGUCGCCCAGCCCAUCCACCUGGACAGCACCCAGCUCUCCAAGAAGUUCAUCAGUGACCACCUCUGGAGCCUGGUGGACACCAAGUGGUAGCCACGGAUCCGGAUAUGCUGGGGGUCAGCUGGGGUGGACUUGGGUGGACUCAGGGGAAAUUACAUGUCGACACAUACAUGGGUUUUACCGUGCUCCUUCCUUCCGCCAGCCCUCCUUGGCUCUUAGAGUGGCCGGGGAGCCGAGGGAGCUCACUUGCCUAGGCUCUCGCAGGGACUGUUGUCAGGGCUCACUGUGCACCAGCACCAGAGAUAGGAGGCCCCUGCCCCACCACAACUGCGGGAGCUCAAAGCAGAGGAUCCUGGACCCUGGAAGAUACCUGCUUCACCAAGGAGGGAGGGGCAGCUUUGUUGCCAGGACCACUUAACACACGAGAGUUGGGGGUGCCGGGAACCAGAGCCUGGGAGGGGCAGUUAGCUUCUAGAGUGCUCAGGAGUGACUUCGGGCAGGCAGGGUUCAAGGCAGUCUGUCCAGCCUUAGCCUCAAAGGACAGCAGACACCGUCACAGCCGGUCCGGCCAGCAGCCUCACCAGCUUGCCCUCUGGGGAUCCGCGGCUGCUCCAUGCUGUGUAUGCGGCUUGCGUAGGGACCCAUCCUGGUCUCCCGGGUGACUGUGUCUGCUGUCACUGGCUCUCCCUAACCUCCUCCCCACCCUCCUUGGGGAGGAAACCCUCUUAGCGGCCCAGGAAACAAUCCCCAGCCUCUCACAGCUCAACUGAGGUCAAUGAUAGCCAAAGGGAAGUGUUGUAUGGGACUUCUGGAAGGCUCCUUCAUAAACGGGAUCACCCCUCUUCUGGCAUUUGAUGUGAUGACGGGCGCCUUGGCAGCCAUUCUGCUACAUCGAUGGAGGCCGGUGGUCAGCCGUCCCCUGGGGGGUCAGCCAGAUAUCAGCCCUGGAUUUCGUCUUUCCCGCUCCUUCAGUUUGUCGUUUUGAGAAUGCACACAACAAAGACAGCCACCAGCACGAGUGUGACCAAGGGCGCCAAGAAGGGGAAAAGAGGAAUCUUUUCCAGAAACGGUGCUGGGGAAAAUGAAUUUCCACAGGCAGGCGAUUGAAAGGGACCCCUGCCUCACACCGUACACGAAGAAACAAAUGCAAAGUAGAUUUAGGGCUGAGCUGCGCGAACUCCCACCAUAAAAUUCUUGGCGGAACAAGCUUUCCACAGCGGAUUGCCUAACAGCACAAACAGCAAAACGACGGAAAAGGAGUGGAUGAAACACUGUUGUGAGCCGAGGGACACCACUGAAAAGACCAGCUACUGGAGUGAUCUUUUUUUUUUUUUAAAGGAGCGGCCACACUUCCACAGCCGCUCUGUCACUGCAUUCCCACCAGCAGUGAUGAGAUCAGGACUCCAGUAUCCCAACAUUUGUUGUUUGUUUGACCUCGGCCACCCCAGCAGGCAUCUCACUGGACCGGUGGUUUGCAUCUCCGGUGGCUAAUGAGACUGAGCAUCUUUGCAUGUGUUUGGCGGCCAUCUGGAUGUCCUGCUCGAGUUGAAUUUGAGUUAUUGGAGCCCUGUUGGAUGGGUGGUUUCCGAAGACAUCCUCCCAGUCGGGCCUGUUAGUUUUGAGCCUGUUGCUGCAGCCACUGCGCCAUUUUGUUUCCUUCGGGGUCUGCCUCUUUCCCCUAAUCUGUUUGACCACCCCUGCUCUCCUCCAGGGAGUUCUGAUGAGAACACUGUCCACUUCCCACCCUCGCUUCCAGAGAACAUUCUGUCUCGACUUCUUCCAACACAGACAGAUUGGUUCUGGCAGUCUUAGCCCAUAUUCUGCACCAACACCGUAAUCCGAAAUUCCUUCUCCAGGCUUCCUCAUUGCCCGCCUCACAUGCACAGGUGACCGAACGCAGCACAGCUUGAGGGGCUGGGGGCAGGAGGGUUUGUGUAGCAGACUUGUUGCCCAGUGCAGUAAAUCUCCAUAGUGACUUAGUAACUGCUGUGUCCAAGGGCAUUGGUGGUGCCUGGUCUUGGCACAAGGAACUCCAUUUUGAAUCCGGCCUUCUUGGUUCUCAGAACUCACCUCUCAUGGGUC